AACAAAACAUCACCAAAGAGAAAGCUUUGCACAGACACUCACAGUGCACACUCUUGCAAGUUGCAAUCACUUCCACACUCACUCGCCGUCAUUCUCGUUUUUUGUCACAAAAGAUUCAAACUUUAGCAUUUAGACGAAGAUGGGUAGCAGCAGCAACGCCUCCUCGUCGGAUUUCUUCUACCGCCGCCACGUGUUCCUGUGCUACAAGAACCCCGCCGUGUGGCCACCGCGCAUUGAGGCUGCGGAGUUUGAUCGCUUGCCCAGGCUUCUCCACGCGGCCAUUAAUGCAAGAAACCCUCAUAUUAAGAAAGAGACCUGCUUAACAAUAUGUGAGGGGCAUGAUGGGACUGAAACAUCAAAUGGAGAUGUGUUAAUCUUUCCCGACAUGAUCAGAUAUAGGAGAUUAACCCAUUUUGAUGUUGAGACAUUUGUUGAAGAAGUUAUUGUCAAGGAAGGAGAAUGGCUUCCUGGAAAUCCUGAAUCCUUAAAAGCUUCAUAUGUUUUUGUCUGCUCUCAUGGAUCACGCGAUCGUAGGUGUGGGGUUUUUGGACCUGUCUUGGUCAGUAGAUUCAGGGAAGAGAUAGGGUUACAUGGACUCCAAGGAAAAGUGUUGGUUAGCUCCUGCUCUCACAUUGGUGGCAAUAAGUAUGCAGGAAAUGUCAUUAUAAUCGGAUCGAGCAUCAACGGCGAAGUCACAGGCCACUUGUAUGGAUAUGUUACUCCAGAUGAUGUGCCUUUAUUGUUUCGCCAGCAUAUCAUUGCAGGGGAGAUUUUUGACUCACUAUGGAGGGGACAAAUAGGUUUAUCAGAAGAUGAACAGAAGAAAAAGCAAGAGCAAAGGCUUCAGCUGAAUGGUGCAAGAAAUUUAGAAGGAAGCACAGUGGCCGCCGCCGCCGCCGGCCGCUGUCAAACAGAUGGAGAGAGCUGUUGCCAGGACAGUGAAGACUCUUGUUGCUGUCAGAAUGAUGUAUUAGAAGAUAGGAACGAGGUUUCCGGUGAUCAUAAGAGGAAGGAGAAUCUGAAUGUGCUUCGUCGGAUCAACAAGGGCAAAGGAGUGUCUCACAAGUUCAGUUCCAUGCCGACAUGGCUCGACAGCUGGGAGCAAGAGGAUACUUAUGCUGCUCUUGCCGUUGUCUGCGCCGCCGUGUCGGUCGCCAUAGCCUAUAGCUGCUACAAGCAGUGAGUUGUUGAUGAGAAGAAUGAGGUCAACAAUGUUGUUUAGCAGUGGAUGAGAUAAGCUGAGCUUUGGUAUGUCUUCAUUUUUUGUGUUACAUGUUCAGUUUCUACCUUGUUUCAGACUUGCAGGGAAAGAAGUAUCUGAAAUGGCUCAGACUUGGAAUUCACCUCUUAGCUUCUUCAUCUGUACAUACGUGAAAUCUUAGCCUGGGAAUGUUUAAACUAAAUAUUAGUAGUUUAUUUAGGUGGAAUUGGACUGUGACAUUUAUAUUAACUUGAUGUAAAGCUAAUUAUUAACUUUGGUGUUUCAUAUUAGUUUAUACAUGAUAUUAACUUUUCUAAAAUCUGAUUUUGAAGUUAUGUACAAGUUAAUAAUACAGAAG